CUUUUGAAAAAUGUGUCCUUAAUCAAUUGAGCUCAGACACUAUAUUUGAUUUACUUGUUUGAGAUUUAUAAUAUUAAUAUUUAUUCGAAACCAACCUCAAGCUGAAUUCGCAAUGGAUUAGAUCAUAGAGUAACACGCUAUGAAGUUGCACCACCAACACAUCAUAGCAAAUCUAUAAUUAUUGAAUGAAGAGUGAAACUCAAAAACACAAGAAAAUCGCAAAUCGCAAAUCGCAAGCAGGAAGAGAAUAAUGACAAUGAGAAUCGCAAUUCUAAGGGACACUAGAAGGAAAUUGGGUGGUGCUUUAGGAUUCAAUAGGUUGAUUCAUUCCGUGCCUCAAUCUCCUCCUUUAGCUGGGAGCAUUGACCAUGGGAUUCAGUCGUUGAAACCCGUUUUGCCUGAAUUUUGUUCUCCAACGUUCUCUUUUGGUGGCUCUAUGGAGCUCAUGGCUGUGCCAAAAAGGAAGACUUCUCCUCAUAAAAGAGGAAUAAGAAAUGGGCCAAAAGCUUUGAAACCUGUUCCUGUGCUAGUUCUGUGCAAGGGUUGUGGUCGUGUCAGGCUUCCACAUUUCUACUGUUGUAGUGGUAAACCAAAUCAGGAAAAUACUGGUGGAGAGAAUGGCACAAACUGAUUAUGUUGUUUGUGAUAAAGCACCAGAUGUUAGUUGACAGGCAGAGCCACCCAUAAUGUAGGUCUUGCUUUUGAUUGUUAGCCAUUUGAUGGUAUAGAUUAUUUGGUAGUAAUGCUUUACUUCCUUCUUCCUUAAGCAAUCCGAUUGUUGGAUUGUAUGUUUUUCGCUUAGGAAUUAACAAUUUUGUCUUCAUUGAAAGAUAAAUUAACAACUGGGAGACUAAUUAGUCCCCAUAAGACCCAAAUUUGAAAUCAAAA